UUUGGGGAUGGUGGCAUCAGGUGUGACAGCUGAAUUUAGUUUUCCACGUUUGUGGGAAGAAUUAUAGGCAUACUUCCCGAAGCUUCGCCAACUGCCCUAACAGUCUUUUAAAUGUUAUGAACCUUUUGAAAGAGACAACUUUAAAAAGUUGCAAGUCUUGUAAAAUGUUUGUUUUCCUUGUGAGUAUACUGCUUGCAUGGUACGGAAGUGGUCACGCAGAACAGAACAAGUCACACAUCCUUCUCACAAACGCAACGUUAAAUCAAACAGAUGAGGCAGACAUCACGUUCAACACAGCGGAGACCCCCGGUUCCGAUGCCAACCACACGGGCAAACUUGGACCACAUGACGGAGAGAACAAAACGCACGCCUAUUUCAAUCUCAAAGAUGUAACCUUAAACAAAACGGAGCACAACGGAACAGUCAGCAACGGUUCUGAUGUAAUCGACAGCGUAGAAGGGAAUGACAUCGCUGGCCAGCGGGUCUUCCUCCCGGAAAAGCAGAUCGAGGAGAGGAUCAUCGGGGGUCAGGAGGCUUGGGCUCACUCCUGGCCCUGGCAGGUGUCUUUGCGCUACGGUCCCACGACAGCGUGUGGUGGCUCGAUACUGUCCCCCAACUGGGUCGUCACCGCCGCGCAUUGCUUCCUACGAUAUAACAAAGUUUCCAUGUGGGCUGUGUUGGCUGGAAAGCAUGAUCUUGAUAAUGCGAAUGAAGAGUGGCAACAGGUGAUGAAGGUUUCCGGUAUAAUCUCCCACAAAAAGUAUGACACGCGGACAAAAGAGAAUGACAUUGCCCUUGUCAAGGUCAAGACGCAGUUCACCUGGACCAGUUGUGUGAGGCCCAUACGCAUCUUGAUGGGUCAAAUGAAACCCUUGAAGAAAUGCACCGUCACAGGCUGGGGAUCCACAAUGGAAAAUGGGAACGGCGCUUCGAGACUCCAGGAGGUGAAUGUUACCUACCUGCCCUCAGAUAUGUGUAACCUGUUCUACUGGGGGAACAUCCACCCAUCCAUGUUCUGUGCUGGAGACGUGGAUGGAGGAGUGGAUGCUUGUCAGGGGGACUCUGGGGGUCCCCUGUCCUGCCUGACUGAAGGCAGGUACGAGCUGGCGGGGGUGGUUAGCUGGGGGGUGGGCUGUGGUAGGGCCAAGAGACCGGGGGUCUACACCAAGCUACAAGACUACAAUGACUGGAUCAACACGUCCAUGAUGAACAAUACAUUGAUGGGCAGAGGUUCUGAACAACCUGAAGAGAGCUGCGGAGAGGCCGACACGGUCCCGUGCCUGCCGACGUCGGCCCUGGCUGUGGUGACCGUGUCCCCAGGGGGUGAGGUGCAGGUGGUCAACGUGACCGAGGCAUGCCCCCACUCCUGGCCCUGGCAGGUCAGCCUGCAGCUUGGCGGCAUGCACUACUGCAGUGGGACCCUCAUCCACCCCCUCUGGGUGCUGGCUCCUCAACACUGCCACCCCAGGGCUGACUUUGACUCUGUGGUGCUUGGAGUCCAUGACCUGACCUUCCUGGAUCCCCAGACCAUCUACAUGGACAAGGUGUUCAACAGCCCCCGCGGUGGCGGUUUCCCCCCUACCACUGACCUCAGCCUGAUCCGCCUCAGCAAACCAGCUCCCAUAGGGCCCAAGAUGGCCCUGGCCUGCCUGCCUGCUGACGAUGUGGAGCUCGACGACAGCUGGUCCUGUGCCACAACAGGCUGGGGAACUAGCUCGGCGACAGUGGACGUGAGCAGUGACUCCCUGCACCAGGCCAGUCUGCGGCUGGUUAACAACACUGCCUGUAGGCAGACCUGGGGGAGGAACGUGAUCAAGUUUUCCCACAUCUGCACAGACCCUGCAGCCUCCCUCAGCUGCAUGGGAGAUGCUGGUGCUCCGCUGCUCUGCCAAAAGCAUGGACUGUACUUCCUGUUUGGUCUCAUCUCCUGGGGUAGCAGACAAUGUGAUCAAAAACCUGCAGUCUUCUCCAAAAUAUCUGUCUAUAAUUCCUGGAUAAACAGCAUCAUUGAGAUUUGAGUUGACUUUCAGAUUGACGUAUUUAAAUAAUA